GAGGCGGGAGGGUAUGUGUGGUUUGAAUUGUUCAUUUUCCGAGUAACCAAACAGAGCAGUGGUUUGUGAGUUGUGGUUCUGGAAUAUGAUUAUAUGAGGAAUUGUGUGUCGUAUAAAGUUAAAUGUGUUUGAUUUUGGAGUGAAGUCGAAUUUGAGUUAAAGAGAAAAUGUGAGUUGAAUUGUUAAAAUCUUUUAAAUCAAGCGCUUAUUAGAAUUUGAACCACAAUUCAGGAUUGGAGGAUUUACUGGUGAGCUUUAUCUUGGGCAAGAAGAGGGCCACAGAAGUUUCUCACUUUUUCUAUUCUUAACAGGGUUUGGAAAAGUGUUGUCCAAAAAGGAGAUACAGUCAUUGAUGCCACUUGUGGCAAUGGUCAUGAUACCUUAGCAAUGCUCAAGAUGGUUGCUGAUGAAUCGUGUAAGGGUUCUGUUUACGGGCUGGAUGUUCAGGAAGCUGCCUUACAGAAAACUUCUUCUUUGCUGGAAGAGUCGGUCAGUCCAAGUGAGAAAGAACUUAUUCAGCUCUUCUCCAAAUGCCACAGUAAAAUGUAUGAAGUUCUUCCAAAAGAUACAUCUGUUAGGCUUGUCGCUUUCAAUCUUGGCUAUCUUCCGGGGGGUGACAAAACAAUUGUCACACAGUCAGAAACAACACUGAAGGCAUUGGAAGUUGCAAAAAGUAUCAUGGUGCCUGGAGGUCUUAUCAGUUUAGUGGUUUAUGUGGGGCAUCCUGGUGGAUGGGAAGAACUGAAGACUAUCCGAGACUUCAUCUCCAAAUUAUCAGUUGAGAAAUGGAUCUGCUAUGAGUUUCAGACAGUAGACCGAUCAUGGUCUCCUAUACUUAUUUUCUUGUUCAAGAAAUGUUGAAUCGUCGAGUUGCUCCAUUCUUUGUCCAUCUCUUUUCAAAGAAUGAGAUACUAUGGGAAGAAACCAAGCUCUCUUUCUAGCAAGAGAAUUAAGGAAGUUAUUGUAGCACAGUUUUUAGAAUUUUAUUCCUGAGGACAAGGAUGUUCUGCAGAGGAGAGGAAUGUUAAAAAUCUAGGAGCAUAUUUCAGAUAGCAAUAUUCAAUUCGGAAUUAGUUGGUUUGCAAAGUUAGCUCAUUCAAUUAGAUGGUACAUUCAUUAAUACAUGUAACUGUGUAACUAGGUUAUCAAGUCAAUUAGUGCUUCUUUUUUGAGUUAAUUACGACUUGUACCUCUCCAGUUUUGGAUAAAAUUUCAAUUCAAUCCUUUCUUGAUCUUA